UGGAAAGGAGCAGAACAUGAAAGGACCCAGCGGCCUGGCAGCGACGACCUUGGCUCUUCUCCUGAUGUUCUCCGUUCUCGGAGACACCCGCGGCGCUCCGCAGAGACCGUUGGAGAGAAGGAACUGGACUCCGCAAGCCAUGCUGUACCUGAAGGGGGCACAGGGGCGCCGCUUCCUCUCCGACCAGAGCCGCAGGAAGGACCUCUCGGACCGGCUGCCUCCAGAAAGACGAAGCCCAAAUCCCCAAUUACUACCUCUUCCAGAGGCUGCAGCACUAUUGCUGGCUUUGUUGACAAAACCACAAGAAGAUGGAGAAGAAAAAUUUGAUCAAAGCAGAUUCCUGGAAGACAGUCUGCUUAGCUGGUGAAAAUAUACCAGAUUACAUUCAAGUACAGAUCUAUUCUUGUUGAUAAUAGAAACCAUGCAUAUAAAAUAAUUGGACCCUUUUUACUCCAUUUGUAAUCCUAGAAUCACGCAUCACUCAUUUGAUUCUUCUGGAAGCAAAAGAAGCGUAGGGUUCUUGAUUUUCAUUGUUUCAGGUCAUGUGUUGCUCACCUUGUGUCUUGCUUUUGAGUUUUUCGAGCGUUUCUAAUGAUAAAGCUGAAGACUCUAAAGUGUUCUUUCUUUCUGUCUCUACCACUGCCUGUCUUGAUCUUAGCUGUUGGUCUUUUAUUCCAUUACCUGUUUGCAUUUUAUUAUCCCUGAGCAAUGAUUCUUUCUCUGUUUCUCCUUCUCCUCACCCCCAAAGAGGGGGAUAUACGACAAGAUGGGAAAGAAUGUAACUCUCUGUAGUUCAUCCAGGGAGAUAAGUUGUUAAGAAGGGAAGUGGGAUGGCUGGAUAGAAGCAUCAUGAAAAGAACACCUCAGUGUGGUUGCCAAGAGAAGACUGGUGAGGUUAGAGACAGUGCAAGAUUUGCCAAAAACCUACAACAGGAAGCAACCUUGUGCUCUGAAGGGUUCCCAAGUUAAGAAAUACGGAUUGAAAUGUUCUUGAGAAAUCGGCAGAUGAAGAGACGGUCUGCUCAUGUGUUUGUUGUACAAAAGGAAUGAACUAGUCUUUUAGAGAUAAAACCAUUUUCCAUGGCUAAGCAAACUCAGGGGAGUCCAACACUAUUCUCCCUGAUUGGCUAGAUUUCUAGGCUUUGACACCACAAAUUUACUUUAAAUUACCCCAGUAACACAGUUCAAUAAUAUAGCUAAUUUGCUUCUUUUCAAAGUCAACCUGGACUCUAUCAUUUCAACACAUACACACACACACAUACCCUUACCUGCAGAAUUCCUAGUAAUGUAUUUGGAAUUACAAGAUUGUCACAUUUUAUUACCUGAUCAAUUCAGAGUUGUUCCCAAUAAAUGUCUUAAGUGGAAAGCAUUGUUAAUUAUAUUGUCAUCAUUAUGUAGCCAUUACUUAGUAGCCAAAGAGUAUCUUAUAUUAAUGUCUGUAACUUGAAAUGUUUUCACUGUUAAGUAAUCAAAACCAUGCUUAAAAAAUUGCCUGCAUCUUGUUUCAUAACUGAAUAAUGAAACCCAACUCAAGUUAAUGUAAUAUUUUUCUUUGCCAAAAAUGCAAGCAAUUAAA